AUGUCUUCUGCCCUGGACGAAGAAGCCAGCAUCUCUAUCCCCAGCCUUGCCUUCGUGGCCGUUCUGGGAUAUUUCAUCUAUCGAUACUUCUUCUCGUCAAGUCCCGGGUCCGGCACCGAUGGCAGCCAGACCUUCUCCUCGCGCAGCGCAGGCCUGCGUUUCACGCCGGCGCAAGUCGACCAGAUAGCGCAGAUGUUUCCGCAACUAAACCGGCGCGAUAUCAUGUGGGACCUACAUCGGAACAGAGGGAGUGUGCAAGCCACUACGGAACGUGUGCUUAUGGGACGAGGGUUGGAUCCGGCGCCGCCCUCUUUUCAGCCUCCGAUCUCAUUCAUGACCACGACGACAUCGUCCCUGCCAUCCUCCCCUCUUACCUUGGCGGCAUCCAAACCGUCGCCUCCAGAUCUUAUCACGCGAUAUAACCUACAGUCCAAAGUGAACUCGAAAGGCAAGGAAAGAGAGGAAGAGACGCCGCCUCCGGGGUGGGCCAGCAGCAAAGAAGCACGGCAAAGGAUGCUCCAGCGACGCAGAGAGGAGAUGAUAUUGGCCGCCAGGCGGAAACUGGAGGAGAAAGAUGCAGCCGGGACUCCUGCCACUGCUCCUCCAUCCACCUCGUGA